AUGGCGGACCUGGACACCCAGCGUUCUGACAUCGAGAUGCUGCUCAAAGCCUCACUCUGGAAAGGGGACAUCUGUGUCUCCACUGCAUCCGAAGAACAAAUUAUGUCCAAAGCAGCGAACGUCCUCUUCUACCAGAGACAGGACACUUUCAGUGGUACUGGCUUCUUCCCUCUGUACGGAGAAAUGAAAGGUGCUUCAGCUGCCAUGGGCAUCCCCCUGGAAAGUGACGACAAUGACAGCAAUGACAAUGACAAUGACCAAGAGAAUGAAAACUGUCAGCAAGUCAUCUAUUCCUUCUUCCUGAAAGAGAAACUCAUAGAAAAGAAACAGAAAGGAAUGGCUGAUUCUCCAGUAAGCAUUUCCCAGGGAUUGUUAACAUUCAGGGAUGUGACUGUGAACUUCUCCCAAGAGGAGUGGGAAUGCCUGGAUUCUGCUCAGAGGGCUUUGUACAUUGACGUGAUGUUGGAGAAUUACAACAACCUGCUCUUUGUGGAGAAAUAUUUCAAAUGUGAUCCUGUCCAUCAACAUGUGAAGACUGGAAGUGAGACACAUCAGUAUAAUGAGCUUGGCAAAGUUCUUCAUGACUGCUCCAUAUGUGCUCAUUAUAGAACAAGUGAAACUAGAGAACACUCUAAUAACUACAGAUGCAUUUAUCACAGGGAGGCUUCUAUUGACUCAUUCAAUCCAGAUAGACAUGAAAGCAUGCACACUCGAGAAGAACCUUGCAAAUCAAAACACUGGGAGAAAUCCUUAAAUGUGUGUUCCAACAUUACUCAAGUUCAAAGACGGUAUACUGCAAAGAAAGAGAAUAGCCAGGGAGAAUAUGAUGACUAUUUCAGCUCUGCACACAGUCUUCUGAAACUACCAGGCUAUAUUGGAGAGACACCACACCAAUGUGGGAAAUGCAUGAAAUGCUUCAGGACUGCCUCAAGCCUCACUGUACAUCAGAGAAUUCAUACAGGGGAGAAGCCUUACAAAUGUAAGGAAUGUGAUAUAUCCUUUACUGUGAAGUCAACUCUCAUAAACCAUCAGAGAAUUCAUACUGGAGAGAAACCUUACAGAUGUAAGGAAUGUGACAAAUCCUUUACCAGUUGUUCACAACUUAGAAGACAUGCGAGAGUUCACACUGGGGAGAAACCAUACAAAUGUAAGCAAUGUGACAAGUGCUUUACUGUGCAGUCAACUCUUACAAACCAUCAGAGAAUUCAUACUGGAGAGAAACCCUACAAAUGCAACUUUUGUGACAAAUCCUUUAGACAGUAUUCAAAUCUGAAAACACAUCAAAGAAUUCAUACUGGGGAGAAACCUUACAAAUGUAGACAAUGUGACAAAUCCUUUACCGGGGACUCACAACUCAGAAGACAUCAGAGAAUUCAUACUGGAGAGAAACCUUACAAAUGUAAGCAAUGUGACAAAUCCUUUACCCAGAACUCACAUCUUAGAAACCAUCAGAGAAGUCACACUGGAGAGAAACCUUACAAAUAUAAGGAAAGUGGCAUGUCCUUUACCCAGGAUUCAAAUCUUAGAAGACAUCAGAGAAUCCAUAUUGGCGAGAGACCUUACAGAUGUAAGGAAUGUGGCAAAUCUUUUUCUACAUGUUUAACUCUUAGAUAA